UGAAUGUCAAAACUUAAUAUUAUGGAAACAUUUUUGUUUACAUAAUCAAAUCAAAAAUUUAAUCUAUUGUGUAGCAAACCAACGAUCAAGAUCUUAAAACAUGGCACUGGAAAGUAAAAAGAUUCCAUCCACAUUAAAAAAGUGCUCUCCAGCCGUCCCGGACAAGAGCCGCGUGACGUACUGCACGGACCUGGACAAGUCCGUGAUCACCACGACGCUGGACCGCCGCGGCUGGCAGCAGGUGGCCCCGGACGAGGACUGGAACAUCUACUGGUCCUUCACCGCCAACUGCCGGACCCUCUUCAGCAUCGAGGCCGGCUACCGGAUGCACGACAACCAGAUGAUCAACCACUUCCCCAACCACUACGAGCUGACGCGAAAGGACCUCUUAGUGAAAAAUAUCAAAAGGUACAGAAAGGAACUCGAAAAGGACGGCAACCCGUUAGCGGAGAAAAGUGAGGUGACUCUACCUAACGGGCAGGUGACUACUCGAUAUGUGCACCUCGAUAUCAUUCCUGUAACGUUCGUGUUGCCGGCCGACUACAACAUGUUUGUAGAGGAGUACAGGAAGUCGCCUCAGAGCACGUGGAUAAUGAAACCCUGCGGAAAAUCACAAGGCGCCGGAAUAUUUUUAAUUAACAAGCUAUCCAAAUUGAAAAAGUGGUCCCGUGAAGCGAAAUCCCUCCUUCAACCGCAACUGGGCUCAAAGGAAACUUAUGUGAUAUCGCGGUACAUCGAUAAUCCCCUGUUGAUUGGCGGGAAAAAGUUCGACUUACGCUUAUACGUGCUGGUCACUUCCUUUCGUCCGCUGAAAGCUUAUCUUUUUCAACACGGAUUCUGUAGAUUUUGUACCGUGAAAUACGAUACGAGUGUUACGGAGCUAGAUAAUAUGUACGUUCACUUGACUAACGUCAGUGUUCAGAAGCACGGGGGUGAUUACAAUAGUCUCCACGGCGGGAAGAUGAGUAUACAAAACUUACGCCUGUACCUGGAGGGAACGCGAGGGAGAGCUGUCACCGACAAGCUGUUCUCAGAAGUGAACUGGCUCAUCGUCCAUUCCCUGAAAGCUGUAGCGCCUGUUAUGGCGAAUGACCGCCAUUGUUUCGAGUGUUAUGGCUACGACAUUAUCAUAGACAACAAUCUAAAGCCGUGGCUGGUGGAAGUAAACGCGUCUCCUUCGCUCCAGUCGACUACCCACAGUGACAGGAUAUUGAAGUACAAGUUGAUUGAUAACAUAAUUUCUGUGGUAGUGCCGAAAGACGGGAUGCCGGAUGCGAGGUGGAAUAAAAUACCCGAAGAAGAUGCGUUAGGAGAUUUUGAUUUAUUGAUUGAUGAGGAAUUAAUUGAAAGAGAAGACUCCAACCCUCGAAACAGCAAGUAUCACCGUUUCAAACCACUGUGAAUGUUUAAUACUACACAAAAUAUAGUUUUUUGAUUACAAAUUGUUUAUUAACUUAUAAUUUAUAUAUUUUUUUACUAAUAAAUCUGCAAGUGCGUUUAGUGUA